AUGGAAAUCCCAAAACACAAAAUUUGGGUGAAAAAGAGAUGGACUAGGCCUCCAGACCCAUGGUUGAAGUGUAACAUUGGAGUGGACUGGUCUAAAGGAAAUAACAGGAUGGGGGCUUCUUGGAUUCUGAGGAACAGCGAUGGGCAUGUCUUGCUUCACAGUAGAAGAGGUUUCUCAGACAUUUGCUCUAUUGAGGAGGCAAAGAUUCAAGCACAUUUAUGGGUUUUUGAGAGCAUGGUGGCUCACAAGUUAACAAAAGUCCUUUUCGCUACGUGUGCUGCGGAAUUUGUUAAUGCUUUAAACAGGUUCCAAGCGUGGCCUUCCUUCACGUGGCAUGUUGUUGAAUUUCAGUUGAUUCUAAACCGAAUGAAAGACUAA